GACCUUAGCGGUGGUCAAACUCAAGGUCGGUCAUUUAACCAUAUUUGUAUUGAAAGGUAGUCAAACCGAGCUGAACUGCAUAUACAAUCUGUUAUUAAGUACCAGUUAUCAGUCUGAAGAAGAAACGGUUUUUCCCUUCAUCGAACUUCACACUAUUGCAUCAGCAUUGUUUCGGCUUAAGGUUAAGUAGUUAAACAUUAGCUCCAGAUCGACAGAAUGUUUAUAACUGUGGUAAAAGGUUUCUAGUUUAAAAGUGAUUAUCACUAUAAAUAAAAACAGCAAUAUUUUUCGAAUAAGAACAAAAUUGAAAUCUAUAAACUUAAUUCACAAUAGAUUGUCAAUUUCAUAAUGGUAUUGCUAUCGUUAUUUAGUUUUUCCAAGAGUUCAAAUCAUCUUUUAAGAUGUCCAUUCUCAAAGUUAACAGUAAAUUAUAGUACGAUUAAUAAAACUAGUCCAUUCAUUACUCGUGAUACUUUCAAAAAACGCACGUACUUAUACUAUACAUUAUCGUUUGGUAUAUUUAUGGCUGGUGUCGGAUAUGGUACUGUUCCAUUAUAUCGAUUAUAUUGUAGUAAAGUAGGGGCUGGUACAAAUGCGAAUUUGGCAUUGGCAAAAAGUGAGAAAAUUAAAACUAUGAAACCAGUUAGGGACCGUGAAUACACUGUACAUUUCGCUGCUGAUACACAUUCGUUAAUGAAAUGGAAUUUUAAACCAUCACAAAAGGCUAUUUCUAUGUGACAAUUUGUGUUUAUUUACCAAAACAAAAUAACGAAAAAAACCUUUGUAGUUAAGAAUCGUACCUGGGGAAACAGCACUGGCAUUUUAUACAGCUGAGAAUCCAACUGAUAAACCUAUUGUUGGCAUUGCUACUUAUUCUGUUGUACCACUUGAAGCAUCGAAAUAUUUUCAUAAAAUACAAUGUUUCUGUUUCGAAGAGCAACGUCUUAAUCCUCACGAAAAGGUUGACCUGCCUGUAUUUUUCUUCCUUGAUCCGGAAAUUAGUUCAGAUUGGCGGUUAAAACGAUGUUCAGAAAUUGUAUUAAAUUAUACUUUCUUUGAAGCCAAAAAAGCUAAAUUUCAUAUUCCAGGAAUCACAACUCCGGAAUAUAAUGAUACACAAAAGUCGGAAGUACUACCUGGGGUAACUAGUUAGCUGGCCAAACGAUAAAUAACCAAACAAAACAAUUUCUAGCGUACAAAUCUUUUAUACUGUUUAAGAAAAUGUACAUAGAAUUGUUUCCACUAACCUUAUUCAUGUUUUUGUACAUUAUGAGUUAGUUGCUAAAGCAGUCAUUUUAAAAGAAACUAAUGGAAAUUGGCUUCUGGAUUUUUUGAAAUAUUCUUUUAAUGAAGAUGGGAGAUACUACUGAUCAUUAAUUGCUUCUGUAAGUGGUAUCAUAUAUCAUGUGGCGUUGAUUUGUUUGGUGAUAUCAUUUCUAUUGCAGAGUGUUUGUUAGUCUCCGGAUUGUGCAUCCUUGCAUUACCCUGCAUCAUAGUGAAAGAUUGUCAUAAUUCUUCUGUUAAGAAUUACAUUGGAAUGAAUAUCUGUUCUUUUCUGUGUACAGUUGUGGGGAAUGCUUUCAACCUAAUGAUCACAUAGUAUCAGUAAUAUGUUCGUUAUGGACACCCCUGCAAUCAGUUUCUCUGUCAAGUUAUUUGGUUACCAGAUAGGAUGAAAAAAUUAUUUGUUUUCUUGUUAGUUAAAUUUCAUGAAAUCUGUAGUCUUUUAAAAACUCAGUGUUCACUCUCUAAUACUUUCACCCUUUGGAUACAUGUUAUUUAAUCUUGACCCAUUGUUUUUUAUAGGAAUUUUUAAUAAAUCUGUAUUGUUAUUGUUUGGUAUUGUACUUUGGUAUCUGUACACUUCAUAAAGUCGAUGAUGGUGCAAUACCUGCUUCUGUAAAUGAUGUAAAAAAUAUUUUCUUUAGAAUUAGCAAGUGAAUAAUAAACCGGCUUGGAACAAAUUCAGUGCGUGUACUUCCUUAUCGCAGUUCAGACUGAUGGAUGUGAGAAAUUUACGGAUUCUGUAGUGUCCAUUCUAUGCCGUUGAAAUUAAUCUGACCUUUAGUGAAACUAGAAUAUUCAUCAUAAGGAGGUCACGACAUGUAUUAUAAGCACGACAGUCACAUUCCUGUAUACAACUUGUGAGUUAUCUUUCUGGAGAAUCACUAGUUUCUUGACUAAAUAUAUUGUGAUGUUGGCAGAUUACGAGUAUUAGUUUAUUGCAGCAAUCCUAGGUAUUUGAUAUCAAUAUAUUCUGUAUGUUGAUUUUUAGUCCCGUUUAUAAACACAGUUCAGAAAUAAACAUAAGAAUCCUUAGUUGUUGUCUUCCUGAUUCUUGGAUUUCUGACCCGUAAGUAGUCCACUAAUUCUCCCUAGUGAGAGUCAAUUUUUACUCUCCUAAUCUAACCCGAUAUUACCGAUUUCAAACUAUAUCUCAAUGUCUUUAAAACAGUGAGGCAUUGCGUAAUUGAGAAUUUCAAUAUGUAUAUUUAGUCAGUUGGUUUUUAUCCCAAGUUGAUCACUAGUUAUGAACGUCAAACCUACAGCUCACCGUAGAAUUUGAUAACUGGAAGUUAAAUAGCACUGGGUUUAUUACUUUGAGCUAUUUCCAUUUUCCUAAACAUCUGGUCCAUGGCAAACAUCUUAUCCUCGACUGUUGGACAGAAUUAACAUAGUUUACAUUAGCUGCCUAAUUUAAAAGAGAUAUCAGAAAUCACCAUAAAGUCUUUAAUAUAAAAAAGUUCCAGGUCGAGAAAUCCCAGCCUCCCAUAAAAAGGGUACUAAGUUACGAAAUGAGAAGAACUAGUAGUUGAAAGCGUGGACUUAAGAGUUUCAUCAGAUGAAGAGCUUACGUUUUAAUAAUGCAUUGUACGUGAAUGAAUAGAGAUGUGCGAUGAGUCUUAAGCACGAUAGUUUUUUUGGUACUGUUAACGUGUGGUCCUUUUCUCACUAUGAUUUCUAAAUCAAAGUAACGUUAUCAGACAUCAUGACGGUUCUCUUUAGGAAUAGCCCAGGUAAAGUGGUGUGCAGAAUCCGUAAAACCUGAAUUUUGUAUACUUGUUAGGAAUACCCACUUGUUCUAGAAUUUUAUCGACUCUUAUCAAAUAUAUUGUUAAAUACAGAAUUCUCAGUUAUUUUGGAAACAUUAUAUGCGGUGUUAGAUAGAGACGUGUAUGAUAAUUAGAAGGAUUCCCAAAUUACCGCAGUUUAAGUCAGCUUCGGUUUGGGCACCCGGGCAGUAUCACAGCCCUCACACAAAUCUCAUUUGAUUUGUGUGACGCUUAUGUAUCUGGUGCCCCCUUGUACCAAUGUCUGUUCGAAUGAAUAAACAAAUAAGUCAGAAAUACAUAAGCACAAAUGAGCGUCUGAUAUUUGAAAUUCGUAAUAUGCGGGCACUUGAGUGCAAAUGGACCAUUAGUUCGUA